UUCAUGGCAUCAAAAGUUAAAAUAGAAUGCAUUAAAUAAGGAUAUUAAAUUAGUAAUGAAAUGAAAAUAGAUAUUAUGGACUUUUAUAAUAGAUCAUUACAUUAAGAACAUUAUGCACAUAAAACUGAUUAUAUAAGACAUAAUCUAGAAGAGAAAUAUGGUAAUUAAUAAAUUUAUUACUAAGGUCGAUGUUUUUCAAUUUUAAUAUAUUCAAUAGGUUCAUUUGUAUCUCAUUCAUUUUUAUAUGCCGAUGAUUAUUUAUUAGAAUUAAGAUCUCCUGAACAUCAUAUACUUGCAUAUUUAUUACCUCCUUCUUAUACUCCUCCUCCAUUAAUUCCAGAUCCUUAGGUUUUACCAUUAAGUAGAUCUUUAAAUCAUCCAUUACAUGCUUCUUAACCUAUUUAAUUGUAAUUAUUAUUUUUAUAUUAGUUAACAAUCACCUUAAUCUAAAAUCUUGGAUUAUCCAACACAAUAUUCAUCUUAUUAUGCUAAUAAAUAUUAUGAUGGAUAUUAUAGAAGAGGAUAUUGGUGA